AGUCGUAAAACAUUGAACAAUGGAUGGAUUUCAGACAAAGCUGAAGAAGUAUCCUUCAAGUUUUGAUGUUUUAGACAAUCUUCCAAAGAGUAAAGAAGGCGUGAAGAAAAUAAACGACAAGUUAGAACUUGAACUGAAGUCCGAAGAAUAUGAUACAGAUAUGCAAUAUCACAGAGCAUGGAAUCUGAUUUCUUUCUUGUGUUUUGUUCUUAAAGACAAUGCGAAAGCUGAAUUGUAUAACGAUAAAGUAUUGAAGAGUGAUCCAAACAACAUGAUUGCUCUCUCAAAUAAAGCGUGGUUCUCCAUCAAAGAAUGCGUCUUUGACCAGUAUAUUACGGAAUAUGACAAGAAACUGGAAGAACUGAAGCAGAACAACUUAAUCCUUUUAGUAGCAAAAGCAGAAGUUGCGUUUACUUAUUCACGCUUGGGUGUUAAAAGAUUUGACAAUGCUAUAUCUUCAUAUAAGGAUGUCAUUGAUGAAUGUGAUAGACUUACAAGAGUAGAAAUGAAAGAAGCAAGUAGAGUACCAGUUGAUUAUAUUUGCGUUUGGUUGUUUGGGUACGCCCUUGCUCAGAAAAGACAGUUGAACUUUAGUACCGCAGUGGACGAAAAUGAACUGGACUUUUCGCCUGAAAGCUACCGACGCGUAAUAGAGCUGUAUUGUCGCAUUAUUGGACUGACAGACUCGAGUGAAUUGGUAAAAAGAUACCGUGCAAGAUCUUACGUCGAUUUAGGUCAAAUUAGAUAUGGCAUAGAAGACAUUUUUCCAAGUGAAACACCCAGGAUUUUUACGGAAAAUCAAAAUCUGCCAAAGCAAGAAGAAGAGUACUUUACGACCGCUUUAGAUAUACUUCCCGAAGAUGUAUACGUACUUGAAAGAAGUGGAAAAUACUUCAGGUAUGCUCGGCAAAUUGAACGUUCCAUACGAAUGCUCACAAAAGCAGUUAAAAUAAAAGGCAGUUCUUAUGCUUAUCAUCAUCUAGCCUCGUCUCUAAGACGGAAACUUGAUAUAGCCGUAGGAAAUGUAUUGCAUCAGCCACUCAGAUCAAAAGGUCAGUAUGCGACAAACAGAACAAGACAAUCAAUAAAGCCUAUAAAAUCACCACUGAAUGCGAAACGAAUCAAUUAUGAGGAAAAUAAAGAGGCAGCUGAUGAGAUACUGCGGUACUUUGACCAAGCUGUUGAAAUAUCCUUAAAUACCGGAGCAAUGUAUGAUAAGGGUCUCUUCUGCCGUCAGCUUGGUAAUCCUGUAAAAGCUCUUGAAAUAUUUGAAUACUUGAUAAAAAACGAAGAAGGAAAUUGUUCACUUGUUGAGAUUGCUAAUGCUUAUGAACAAGCCGGUCUUUGUAUCCGUGAUAUGAUGCGUGAAUGUAUUGAGAAUGAUCAGUAUCAAGUACUGGAACAUAAGAUGAAGAUGUAUUUGAAAAGUUCGAUCGAAAUAUCUUGCAAAAUAGUUGCAAAUAUUCCAUGUCUAAAGAAAUGCUGGAAAUCCGCUCCAACAUUGAUAUCGAUACUACACGGAGAAGCUGACACACAAACAAACUAUGAGGAUCUUCUAUUCCUCUAUGAAAAAUUGAAAAGACACAAAGAUGCGCUCGAAGUUCUCAACGAAUUAGAGAAAUUUGCACACAGUGUGGAUGAAAAUAUUGAAAUACUCCACAAGAAAAUCGAAACGUACCUAAUACUAGAGAGAUACGAUGACGCAGUACUUGCUUUAGAUAUGGUAAUUUUGCUGCCGAAGGGACUUGAUAAGAUAGGUAAGAGAUUGUGUCAGCAAGUUUACGUCGAAGCAGGAAUGGAUGCUCUGAAAAACGGGAAUGACGGGAUAGCACGGGCUCGUAUUCAUAGUUCAUUUAAACUAAUGACUAGAAACAACAGCGAUGAAACACAUUCCUCUCCUGAUGAUGGAUCAGACGACGAAAAGUACGAUCUGCUCAUACUGAGUAAUAUCGAUGAGGAAGAUAAAGGGAGACAAUUGCUGAGUAUCAUGAACCAAAUCGGACUCCAUACAACACUGAACAUAGAUAGCGAGCUCCCUGGUACCCCGAUCCUUACUGGGAUCAUAUCUGUCAUGAAAAAGUGUGAGCAUUUUGUGACGGUAUUUGAUUUUGAUGACGGAGAAAGCGUCGCACGCAAAAUGCAGUAUUUUACACAACUACUGCAAACAAUAGUGGAAGGGAGGAAAAGGGGAUCAAGUAAUAGAAUACUGAUAAAAGCAGUUCCCUGUGAUAAAGUCCCUGAUAUUUAUUUUGGAUACAAAGUAAUCGACAUGGAUUUCAGUACCGUCCAUGCAGACUUUACUAAAAGUGUCCAUGUUUGUGAAACUGUAAAAGAGUUAUUGCUGGCCUUAACGUUCAGUUCGUAAACAGUGACUCAGAUAUAUGUACAGCUGUUUCUGAUAGGACACUACACAGGACGGGUGAUCACGUGACUUUUGUUUAUGAUUACAUUGUGUCCACAUUAAUGGCUCCCCUAUGGACUUGAAGAUGUUUUUUUUUUGUAUUUUUUUCUGCAUUUUUUUUCAUCGUAUUUGAAUAUAUUUUACCGAUCAUGUCCCAGCCAACAACUUUCCGGUUCCAACGAUGUUAUUUUGCUAUGUGAGUGUUGCCCUUUUUUCCAUUUACCCUGCAGAGAUUUUCGAAGCGGUGAUUUUUCUCUUGAAAUAGUUUGGUCACAUUGAGUCCAAAAUUAAAAAAAACCCCAACACAUUUAAUGCAUUUUAAUAGGUUUGUUGUUGGUAGAAAACGACCGAAAUGCACCGCAAUCGUGUAUUUUGCUUCACAUGCAACUUCUACGUGUUUUCUACAAUGUUCCAGGGAUUCAUGUCUGAAUGGUCAC